AUGGCCUUCAAGAACGGGCUGAGCGAACGCCUCGAUGAGCUGCGAUUCCCUUCCCCUCGCUCUCCUCCGUCUGAGUCGACCUAUAACCCUCUCUCGCCUGGAAAUUCGAACUUCUCGGGAUUUUCACGACCGACCAGCGAUGUCCGCGCAAAUCUGCAACGUCGAUUUACCACGGACUCGAGUAAGCUUUCUUCAUGGAAUUUCCUCAAUCAGGGGCCUCCUCAGGCGCCCGACCCCCUGGACCUGCUUUCCUCGUUUGAGAAGAAGCGUCAGCAUAUUGAGUAUAUGCGUGAACAGAAAAGGCGAUUUGAAGAAGACAUGAAGCUUCUUGAUAUUCAGCACGAGAAAGAGAAGAUCGAAAUGGCCAAGUUGGCGCGCGAUCUUGCCAAGGCUGGCAUUGCUGGCCGAGCCAGCGAACCGACUACACCUCCCGAGUAUCGUGAACCAACUAUCUCGAGCGCAGGAAGAGGCGCACGUUUCCCAUCUACCAGUGUGACCUCAUCGCCAGGUUUCUUCAGCGCCUUCGCUCCUUCAACCCUUACUUCUCCCCAACCGCAAGUUCCUAGUCAUUCGCAUGCUCAGUCCGUUGACCGGUUUGCUGCGCAUUCCCUGCCUGGAUCUCGACGAAACUCCGAGAAGGAAAACUUUCUGUUUGAUUCCACUGAUUCUACAAACAUGCGUACCUCAUCUUGCCCUUCACCAAGAACUUCGUGGUUGACUUUUGACAUUAGGCACCGCAACUCCAUGCCAUCGAGCAACAACUACACCGCGUAUCGGCCCAACAUGACCAGCAACAUGUCUCACCUGAAUGGUUAUACCAAUAGCAAUACGAAUGGCUAUAUGAAUGGCUCCACUCCUGCUGGAUUCGAAUCAUUUUCUGUCGCCAGACAUCUCUUCCAGGACGACGAGGGAUCAUUUGCAAACCACGAGCCCCGUCUUUCGACUCCCGACCUCAAGACGUACAUCACAAUGACCGAGCCCAUCGAUGACAAGUUCCCGACCCUUCACCGCGACGGUCCAAAUUAUCUGGCAGCCAACCCAGAUGCCCAUGACCUCGCAAGCCCUCGUGCCCCGGGCCAGGAUACUUAUUCUUAUCGCUUCCGCAAUCACGCAUCUCACCAGAGUAUGCCUCAAAGUCUCACCGACAUUGCGCGCGGUGAUCGCGUGAAUCGCCAGUCCGAGGACAAUGGCGUUGCUCAUCGUCACCAUGCUCGACACUCCCUUGAGGGUGGCUUGGCAUUCCCCAUUGACUCUGCCGAGUCUAUGACACCGGUUGCCUCCCACCGACCCGUUGCGCGGGUGUCGUACUCGACCAAUGAUGUGCCCACAAUCAGAGGCACGGCCUUUGAUGCCGCCAUUACUCCGCCUAGGACGCACGCCGAUCAACUUCACCACCGCAAUGUCAGCAGCGUUGGUCGCAUUCCAACCAGUUUGCACCACCUUCAAACUAGGGGGUCUCCAGAAUCCGAGAACCACAACAACCAGUCUGGCCAAACGACGCUACAGGCGAGUGCUGCGCCUUUCGGUCCUCACAUUAGCUCAACUGUGUCCAACAGUUUGAAUGGCUCUAUUGCUCCCAUGAGUAUGCAAUUCCCCGCUUUCACCAACAGCAUGGAGUCUUAUGGCCCAGCUCCCACCUCGAUGAUGGUGCCAUUCGCUGAUCUCAACACCUACGGCGCCUAUUCCAACCCUGGUACCAAUGGAUACCGUACCCAUGAGGCUGCAGGCCGUGGUGGUCAUACUCUGCGACGUGCCACUGAGAGCGAGGUCCCUCAGCAGAAUCGGUUCGAUGGCCAGAAUCGCUUCACUCAGUCUCUGGACCACUACAAGGGCGAGCUAUACAGCUUGUGCAAGGACCAACACGGCUGUAGAUACUUGCAGCGAAAGCUGGACGAGAACAACGCGGAAUAUGUCAAGCUGAUCUUCAACGAGACUUACAUGCAUGUGACCGAGCUGAUGACUGAUCCGUUUGGCAACUACCUUGUUCAAAAGCUGCUUGAGCUCUCCAAUGAUGACCAGCGUACUCUUUUGAUCAACAACGCUGCGCCUCAGAUGGUCAGCAUUGCGUUGAACCAGCAUGGAACUCGUGCGCUUCAGAAAAUGAUUGAACACAUCACUACUCCAGGACAAACCCAAACAGUGAUCGACGCUCUUGCCAAUCACGUCGUUGAUCUGGUUAAGGAUUUGAAUGGAAACCAUGUCAUCCAGAAAUGUCUCAAUCGCUUGCACACCGACGACGCCAAUUUCAUUUAUGAGGCUGUAGGCGGCAGCUGUAUCAUAGUCGGCACCCACCGACAUGGAUGUUGUGUACUGCAGCGCUGUAUCGACCAUGCGUCAGGUUCUCAGAAGACACACCUGAUCGCUCAGAUCACCGACAACUCAUUCAAGCUUAUCCAAGAUCCUUACGGCAACUAUGUUGUACAGUACAUUCUGGAUCUAGGAGUCCCGGCUUACACCAAGCCUCUCUGCCAGGGAUUUUAUGGCCACAUUCUUCAAUUGUCUAUGCACAAAUUCAGCUCCAAUGUCAUUGAAAAAUGUUUGCGUACAUGCUCUGACGAGGUCCGACGUGAAAUGAUUGAUGAGAUGCUCUCUGGAGACAUCUUUGCGGACUGCCUUCGCCACCAAUACGGCAACUAUGUCAUCCAGACGGCUCUGGAAAAUGCGGAUCAAGAAAUUAAGCCCCGUCUGAUGGAUGCCAUUCGUCCAAUUCUUCCUUCUAUUCGCCAGACCCCCCACGGGCGUCGUAUCGCCGGCAAGAUGGCCGCGGCGGAGGCCAGUGCUCGACAAGUUCAGGAAAUGAUGAAGAAAGACGCGGCUCUCGAGAAUUUCGCUCAUCAAAAUUUCCCACCCACCCCUGCGGCAAGCUCCAAGGCGAACACUCCCCCUGGGUCAGGUAAUGACGAUUCUCUGAUGUUUCCUGCUCCUGGUUCCCCCGGGGACCUCUACAACUUCGUCUAA